UAGCUCUAUCACUUGAGUUCAUGAAGACUUAGCUGAUUUUUUUAAUAAUUAAUAAGUUUUUUCUGCCAAUGAGUAUUAGAUUACUGCUGACUUUUUAGUGCCAUAGUACCUUGUGGUAGUUUCUCUACAGGGUUUAAAGGUGUAUCCCAGGGGGUUUUUUUUUGUUUUAUUUUGGUUUUUUUCUUUUCUGUCCUGCUCAUAGGAAAUAAUCUUUACAACAUGCCAUAAGGAGAAUACCUCUAGAAAUUCUUGCAUGUCGUUAAUAUGUUAUAAAGAUCGGUCAGUUCCAUUGUCUUUUGUCAAUCUUGAUCGGAGCUUGCCGAGUAAGUCUAUAAGCCUGCAUGUGCCUGGCAACUGUUACCUAGUGACAGUUUCAGCUGCAGUAGCCAUUGACUGUGCUGUUGAUUGGGGCAGGAGGACCGAGUCACCUUUCUGAUGGUGAGUUCUUCUGCAUCAGCUCAGGAUGAGGAGGAGGAGCAGGGCUUCGGCUCAGGUGGAGGCAGUGAUACUGAGAGAUUGUUAAGAAUAUACCGACAGCAUCUUGGUAACUGCAUCACAGUAAAUCGGACUUCUGAAUCAAGCAGCCCAGCCUAGCAGCUGAUAAGAGUGACUGUAGGUGAGAAGCAUUGUUUUAUUCCUGUAACAAGAGAACUAUUUUGUGAUAAGUGAAACUAGGCAUGUACAAGGAGGAAUAUCCUGUGGCUAUUAUGAAAGAAAAAGGACUUCUCUGCAUGACUUGGUGGUGCACAAGAAAAUAACUUUCAGAAGAAUGCUUUCUGUUAAGCUGCUGCAUUGUUCCUGAAGGAAAUGUUUUUAUUUCUAAUGCAUGUUACUUCUUCAAAAGGUAUGACAGCAAAGACUGACAAGAGACUCUCUGAAAUGCCUAUACUUUAAAAAAGACUUUUGACAAAUGUUAACCUGAUAUCAGAAUGACCUUGGAAGCCUUUUGGAUGGAUUCUAUCCUGUCAGCUUUUCAGUAUUUCAGACUAUAGGAUUUAAACUCAUCGUGAUGCUUUAGAAGUAUUUUAAAACAGGAACAUCUUAUAACCUACCUAAAUGGCCCCUGUAUUAAUUGAGCACUUGCUCAAAAUAGAAUACAGAAAUAGAAGUGGCAUUUUCUUAACAUAUGGCUGCUAUAUAACUGAAAAUAUAACAAACAAGGUAAAUUUUCCACUUUCAAAAGAUUUAACUGAAGUAAUGAUUUAAUGUGUUAAUCAUUUAAUGAAAUUAGAAAAGAUGUAGAAAUAUAUGGACUAUAAAGCCUACUUAGCAAUACCUAAGUAAUAAAUAAAUAAGCUCAGAGUACAUAGGAAAGUUUCUAUUAUUGUCUGAAUUUCAUAUAUUUACAUAUAUUUGUGAGACAUAGGUGUGGUUGCAAAGCUGAGAAAUAAGUUAUGACCAUGCACCACUGUAAGGAAGGUGGCGUAUCAGAUAAUGAAGGUUAAUUUUAGCUGAAAUUAAUAGCAAAAAUGAUUUAUUUUCCUUUUGGAAAGGAAGAAGUAUAAAUUACGUUGCUGAUGGUAGCACCAGUAACUAUAAUGGACUGUUUUCAUCUGAAUGCUUAAAAAAAAUGCAUGCAGAAUUAAACUUCAGAAGUUUAUCAUAUGUUGUCAGCUUUGACUCAUUGUGUGUUAUAUUCCCUUCUGGAAACAUGCUUUUUUUCUCUCAUGAGAGUUUUAGGGCAAUCUGGAGCCUAUUACCUCUGUUCUGCUCCUUUGUGCCCAAAUAGAGAUGUGAGUUUUCUAGAAUUGAGCUUGUUGGAGAAGGGGGUUCUUAGCUUUUGAGAGAAAUGCGAGAGAAAUAGAUAAAGUUGACCCAGCAGCACCAAACCCUGAGCUGAACUCAAAGACACUUUGCCACAGUGAACUUUUUUCUUAGCUUUCCAGCCAGAUCUGAGAUCUUAAUUAUUAAAAUUCUAAAAUAUGAAUCCACUGCUCAUGACAGAUGAAACAGCCCGAGAAUAUUUAAGACUUUUUCUUUUCUCAUUCUUUCUAGUUGAUCCCUAAGACAUUACCUUUCUGAGGAGAACAAAUGGCUCACAGUGGCUUUUCUUCCCUUGGCAAUUGCUUUUUUUUUUCUUUUCUUUUACAAAUACAAUUUUUUUUUGUAGUGCAAAGUAGUAGGUCCAUUUUCUCUAGAAGUGCCUUAUGUCUGCAAAAAGUUGUUUGAGAGCAGUAGAGGAAGCUAAUCAAGUGACCUUUUUUCACCUCCUUUCUAGCUUAUUCCCCUCCCUCCUCCCCCAAAGCUGAGGUGUGUUACUGCUGCACUGAGGCUGAUGAAGAGACUUGAGUCCUCUCUGGGAUGCUCAGCUGUGACAGGAGCGCUGCCACUGUCUACCGAAGCUGAUUCUGAGACACUCAUGGGCAGAGUCUAGCAGAUGCUGGGCAGGGCACCUGCUUGCUGUAGCCAAGGCUGCAGGUUCCCUUAAUUCCAAGCCAUGAAUGAAUCCGGGUGGACUGAAUGGAGGAGCCUGAACACGAGCAGUGGCAUUUUGAAUGUGUCUGAACGUCACUCCUGCCCGCUUGGAUUUGGCCACUACAGUAUGGUGGAUGUCUGCAUCUUUGAGACAGUUGUUAUUGUCUUGCUGACGUUUCUGAUCAUUGCUGGGAACUUAACGGUCAUCUUUGUCUUUCACUGUGCUCCGCUCUUACACCAUUAUACGACCAGCUAUUUCAUUCAGACGAUGGCAUAUGCUGACCUUUUCGUUGGAGUUAGCUGCUUGGUUCCUACUCUCUCACUUCUCCACUACUCCACAGGUAUUCACGAGUCACUGACUUGCCAGGUUUUUGGAUAUAUCAUCUCAGUUCUAAAAAGUGUUUCUAUGGCAUGUCUGGCUUGCAUAAGUGUGGAUCGCUAUCUUGCAAUAACCAAGCCUCUUUCCUACAAUCAACUGGUCACCCCUUGCCGUCUGAGAAUUUGCAUUAUUUUAAUCUGGAUCUACUCUUGCCUAAUUUUCCUGCCUUCCUUUUUUGGCUGGGGGAAACCUGGUUACCACGGAGACAUUUUUGAGUGGUGUGCCUCCUCUUGGCUCACCAGUGCCUAUUUUACUGGCUUUAUUGUUUGUUUACUUUAUGCUCCCGCUGCCUUUGUUGUCUGCUUCACUUACUUCCACAUUUUCAAAAUUUGCCGACAGCACACCAAAGAGAUAAAUGACCGGAGGGCCCGAUUCCCUAGCCACGAGGUGGAUUCCUCUGGAGACACUGGACACAGCCCCGACCGUCGCUACGCUAUGGUUUUGUUUCGGAUAACCAGUGUGUUUUACAUGCUGUGGCUCCCCUAUAUCAUUUACUUUCUUCUUGAAAGCUCCCGCGUCUUGGACAAUCCAACACUGUCCUUCCUAACAACCUGGCUUGCUAUAAGUAAUAGUUUUUGUAACUGUGUAAUAUACAGCCUUUCCAACAGUGUUUUCCGGCUAGGCCUCCGAAGACUCUCCGAGACGAUGUGCACAUCUUGUAUGUGUGUGAAGGAUCAGGAAGCACGAGACCCCAAACCUAGGAAACGGGCUAAUUCCUGCUCCAUUUGAACAGGGCUACGCAGUAAAUCAAAUGUAAUCUGACAGUAGUUUUUGGAUCGUAUUCUUAAUUCAUCUGGAAAUUUGCCACUAGAGAAAUAUUUACUUGAAUGGUUGACUAUGAGAGGAAGAGACUAAAGGUUUCUUUUUUAUAAAUCUCCCCUUUUUUCAUGGAAAAAAAUAAAGAAAAGGAUGUAUAGAGGGUAAUAUCGUAAGAUAAUUGUAGUAUGUGAGCAGUAAUAAGAAAAAUUAAGCACUAAGGAUGAAAAAGUAUCUCAGAUCUUCCACAGGGCAUGAACAAAGCCCCUGGCGUCUGUCUCUAUCUCACUGGACUCUCUCUGUUUCUGUCUCUCAUUCUGUCUGUCUCUGUCUCUCACUCUUCUUGUGUUUAUGGAAGUUACUUAAUAUAAACUGCCCUUAAUAGAAAAAUGCUACAUAUUAUAUAUGUAGUAAAGUAUAACCUUUUGCAUCAAAGUGUACUUUUAAACUCACUAAUCUACAUGGUCUCUCCAUGGAGGAUGCGUAGUAAGCAUGUAUUUUGUUACCUGCAACACAACCCUUUUGCUUGUGUUUUCAUAAUAUUUGCAGCACAAAAUUUCUGCUGUGAACAAAAAGAAAUGAUAUUUUUGUUUCUUCUGGGUAAAAGUAUGCUCCCUCCUCCUUCCUAACAGCCUGUUUUUUUUCCUCCAUUUGUCUUCAUCUGCAUUCUUUGGUACUUUAAUCCAGAAGUGUCUUAGCUGAUGAAAGAAUCUACUAUAUAAAACAGUCAUAAUGUUGAAUAAUUCAUUCCUUCCAACAAAGCAAUCUAUAGACUGUUUGAAAUAUUUUUAAUGGCUUUGGGAAACAUUUUUCUUGGUCCCUUUUGAAAUAGUUCAUGUGCCCAAAGUGAUGUCUUUUUUUUUUUCCUAUAGUUAAGCUUUGUUUCUUUUAAGAAAAUUCACAAAUAAUUCUAAUGCUGAUGCAGAGUACCCACUCAGAAGUGAAGUGUCACUCUUAGAGCUACUUGUUGUGUCUGUGUGUCUUUUUUUUUUUUGAAGAGUAAAAUAUUAACCUUUUUGUAGUAGGUCUACAGAGCUUAUUGUUGUGUCCACCAGUUAUUUGUAUGAUAAUGCAUUUGCACAUACUAUAUUUUUUACAACAAAGAAAAAUGUAAAUUAUAUUAUGUGAUCUGUGCCUAAUGUUUUCUUAGCACAAUAUAUAGAUCAAUAUUUCUUAAGUCAUCAACGUUGGAAAAAAAUAUACAAAAAAUUCUUUUAAGAGAAAAAUACUUUUGUGUAGUUGUAUUUAGAUAUUUAUAUUAGGCCAACCUGCAUUCUUAGUGCUGCUGAAAAUACAAUAUACUUAAUUAUCAAAUACAGCUAAGAACUGUCAGUAUUUUCUUUUGUAAUGAUCUGUUUUCAUAUCCAGAGGUUAAUUUAUUUUUUAGUGUGCUACACGGAAUUGUGUAAUAAAUUGUCAGGGGUUUAGAUGUAGCAAAAUGGCAUUUGGGAAAUUAGCAGUGGAAUCAGGAGUAAGUGCUGAAACAUCUAAAUCUUACUUUUUUUUUAACCAUAAGUUUCCUGCCUGGCAGAUAUUUUAAAAUUUAUAUGAAACUACUGGGUAUUUUUCUUCUCAGCAUUUUUGAUUUCUCUGUUUUAUGAAAUGCAUUUAGUGAAAUGUGCCUAUGACUCUUCUAAUUGGAAGCCGACCAUGUUUGCACACUGGUGGUUUGACUUCAGAGGUCCUUUGGUAAAAGAAAUGUCAUCAUUUUAUUGAGAUUGUUCCAAACCCUUGUAUAUUUUUAGACAUGUAAGAAAGGUUUAAAAUAAAGAAUAAAACAGUAUUCUA